AUGCAAGGGGUGAUCAAGAUCAACUCUGAUGCUUCCGUCCCAAAGUCGAGCAAUGUGGGAUUGGGGGGAAUUAUGCGUGAUGCUUUGGGUGAAGUUGUGGCUGCUAUGUGCUUGCGGGUAGAUGGUCAGUUUGGGGCUGAUAUUGCUGAAGCUCUUGCGAUGAGACAUGCUCUAUGUAUUGCUAUAGAGUCGGGGUUUCGCAGAGUAUGUGUGGAGACUGAUUGCCUCAAACUUCAUAGCUAUGUCUCGAAAGGGAAUGCUCCUCCUACAGAAUUUGGCUCGAUUGUUCACGACAUUCUGCACAUUGCCAAAGGCUGCCAGUCUUGCUCUUUCACUUUUGUAAAAAGAAGUGGUAACCGAGUAGCUCAUGAACUAGCUAAAUUGGCUCUUUCUUUUGAUAGUCUUAGAGUUUGGCUUGAAGAAGUUCCUGGUUGCAUUGCUGAAUUUGUAUUGGCUGACUUAAGCCCAUUGAGUAAUUAA